AUGGCUUCAUUGGAAGUUCUCGAUCUUUCUAACAAUGGGCUGUUUGGAGAACUUCAUCACUGUCGAUGCAAACCACAACAAGAAAUGAUUGAUUCCCAACAGGACAGCAAGUUAGAGCAUUCUUCCGACUUAAUGGCAUGUCCUAUUCACCUCCAAUCAAUGCAUUUGAGAAAAAACAGCCUGUUUGGAAAACUACCUUCAUUGCUGAAAUAUUGUAAACAGUUGGUUGUUCUUGAUCUUAGUGAAAAUAGAUUCUUAGGUGACCUACCGAUAUGGAUUGGAGAAAGCCUAAGAUCACUAAGAGUUCUUUCUUUCAGAUCAAAUUUCUUCAAUGGUAGUAUCCCACUGCAACUAUCACAUCUUGCUUCUCUUCAAGUUUUGGAUCUGGCUUGCAACAAUUUUUCAGGUGCUUUGCCUCCAUUGUUUGGAAAUUUUAGUACAAUGAUGAGGAUACAGAAUGUAGACAAACCAAUGCUAUCAGACUUCAAUGCUCACUAUACAGAGGGCUUGUUAAUAACCACCAAAGGAAUGGAAAGUGAGUACACCAGUGUGCUCGCGCUCGUAAUGGGAAAGAUCCCAGAAAAUAUUGGUUUCUUGAGGCACUUAGAAUCACUUGAUCUAUCAGUGAAUAAUCUUUCGGGCAUGAUUCCCUCGACCAUUUCCUCCAUGUAUUUUUUAAGUCACUUGAACUUGUCCAACAACAAUUUGUCAGGAAGCAUUCCAUGGGGAAACCAGUUGCAAACAUUCUGUGAUCCUUCCAUUUAUGGUGGAAAUCCUAAUCUUCAUGGAUGGCCAUUGCCAUGGUGCUUUAACAAUGCCUCCUCUAAAAGUCCAUUUCAAACAAGAGCUCAGGAGGAAAAACCUAGAAAUGGUGAUGAGUCCGAAAUGAUAUGGCUUUAUGCUAUCUCUGCACUGGGUUUUGUCGUGGGGGUCUUAGGCUUCAUCUAUGUGCUCAUGAUCAAACGAGCUAUGAGGAAUGCUUACUUCCAUUUGAUUGACAUGACAUAUGAUUACAUCUAUGUGCAAUUAGCAAUCAGAUUUGCCAAAUUGAAGUCCAUCUUGCCCAUCUUGACAAACAACAGCCAAGGAUAA